AUGCAAGUCCCCAGCCAGCCUGCUGUCCCCACCGAGUGCCCCAGUGGGUGGGUGCCAAGCCCUCCCAGACACGGCCGAGAGCCCCGGACAUGGCUGAGCUCCCUCCUGGACACGGCCGAGACCCCUCCUCAACACGGCCGAGCCCCCUCCUCAACACGGCCGAGCUCCCUCCUCGACACGGCCGAGCCCCCUCCCGGACACGGCCGAGCUCCCCCGGACACGGCCGAGCCCCCUCCCGGACACGGCCGAGCCCCCUCCUCGACACGGCCGAGCCCCCUCCCGGACACGGCCGAGCCCCCUCCUGGACACGGCCGAGCCCCCUCCUCAAUACGGCCGAGCCCCCUCCCGGACACGGCCGAGCCCCCUCCUCGACACGGCCGAGCCCCCUCCUCAAUACGGCCGAGCCCCCUCCCGGACACGGCCGAGCCCCCUCCCGGACACGGCCGAGCCCCCUCCUGGACACGGCCGAGCCCCCUCCUCGACACGGCCGAGCCCCCUCCUGGACACGGCCGAGCCCCCCGGACACGGCCGAGCCCCCUCCUCGACACGGCCGAGCCCCCUCCUGGACACGGCCGAGCCCCCUCCUCGACACGGCCGAGCCCCCUCCCGGACACGGCCGAGCCCCCUCCUCGACACGACCGAGCCCCCUCCUCGACACGGCCGAGCCCCCUCCUGGACACGGCCGAGCCCCCUCCUGGACACGGCCGAGCCCCCUCCUCGACACGGCCGAGCCCCCUCCUCAAUACGGCCGAGCCCCCUCCUCAAUACGGCCGAGCCCCCUCCCAAACACGGCCGAGCCCCCUCCUCAACACGGCCGAGCCCCCUCCUGGACACGGCCGAGCCCCCUCCUCGACACGGCCGAGCCCCCUCCUGGACACGGCCGAGCCCCCUCCUGGACACGGCCGAGCCCCCUCCCGGACACGGCCGAGCCCCCUCCUCGACACGGCCGAGCCCCCUCCUGGACACGGCCGAGCCCCCUCCUCAAUACGGCCGAGCCCCCUCCCGGACACGGCCGAGCCCCCCGGGACAUGGCCGAGCCCCCUCCCGGACACGGCCAAGCUCCCCCGGACAUGGCUGAGCUCCCUCCCGGACACGGCCGAGCCCCCUCCCGGACACGGCCAAGCUCCCCGGGACAUGGCCGAGCCCCCUCCCGGACACGGCCGAGCUCCCCGGGACAUGGCCGAGCCCCCUCCCGGACACGGCCGAGCCCCCCGGGACAUGGCCGAGCCCCCUCCCGGACACGGCCAAGCUCCCCCGGACAUGGCUGAGCUCCCUCCCGGACACGGCCGAGCCCCCUCCCGGACACGGCCAAGCUCCCCGGGACAUGGCCGAGCCCCCUCCCGGACACGGCCAAGCUCCCCCGGACACGGCCGAGCCCCCUCCCGGACACGGCCAAGCUCCCCCGGACACGGCCGAGCCCCCUCCCGGACACGGCGGGGGUCACUGCCUUAG